AUGGGAGAAUGUAAUGCCAGCUGCGACUCAGACAAUCACUCGUCGCUUCCACCUCGUUCGACUAAAAAAAGAGGCUUUGGUAAUUCACUGAAGAAGCUCCUGGCUAGCGCUCUACGUUGUCAAGUUGAAUGGUAUACGACUCCGGACCUUUAUCGCACGAGUCGUGAUAUGUUUCCUGAAAAGGAGGACGUGGAUAGGGGUGGCGAGAAUGCUCCUCAAAAGGCCCUUAAAAAUACUCCUUGUAAUGGGGCCGCGGAGUCGCCUGAAAUUUCCUCUCACAAAAGACCUGCGCAGUCAGAUUUAAGUCCAAAAUUAAGUACUCCAUCGGGCUUAGAAAAUCUUGGAAACACGUGUUACCUCAACGCCAUUUUGCAGUGUUUAAGGUCUACAGAACUCGUACGUGACUAUUGUGACAACACUGAUAAUGUCCUCUGCAAACAACUUGGGUCUAACUGUGACCUGUUCCGAACUUUUGCCGGUUUGAUAAGGAAAAUGGAGUCGGUUACCAAUGGUAGCAUUGGGUCAAACACGAUACUGAAGUUCAAAAACGCUUUUACGAGGUUCGUCCCCUGCUACGGCGGAAAUCUGCAACAGGACGCCUUAGAAUUCUUUACUUACUUGCUGGACGGACUACAUGAGGAGAUAAAGGAGCGUCCACAAACUCCUGUCCUUGAUGAAUCCACUCUUCCAAGGCCGGUCUCGACUGCAGUAUCACCAUCGCCGUCCAUUGUACCAACCAAAUGUAUGCGACGCUGCAAGCUGCGGAUGGGUGGACUUAAACACAGCGAGAGCAGUGGCAAACUGACUGCGGCCAGUGAAGGGGAUGUAGAAAUAGGUUUUGACAGCGGUGAUUUGGACUGGGCCAAGCCCUCGAUCCGAAAGUGGUUGAGGGCACGUCGACCAAAGGUACGCGCAGUAUCAAUCCGUCGUAAUGAGAGCAUCCUCCUUGAUGACAUCUGUCAGCCUGGUCUGGGCUCCGCUGAAACAACUGCCACAGAAAAGAGCUUUCUAAAAGACACCUUUGUGGGUCAUCUCCAAACUCAGGUACGAUGUCUCCAGUGCAAUAACGUCACCACACGCGAUGAGCUCUUCUGGAAUCUGGCACUAUGUGUUCCCGAGGUAUCUUCGGAUAAGGAGAGCAAAGAUAAGGCACAACAUCGGAUAUCCUCCUCUUCAUCAGCAGUCGACAUGAGCGUGAGCCUCGACGACUGCUUAUGCGCCUUUACAAAGGCAGAAGUCCUCGAUGACCUAGAUAAACUCGAUAUGGCUCCUUACUACGUUAAUGAACAAGCUAACGUGUGCGUGCGUGCGUGCGUUCGAAAUAUUGGCAUCAUGCCAAUCACAACUGAGCUUUUGGUUACUGCUUUCAUGUCCCUUCCCAUCUCUUCACUUUUCCGUGAUCUCUGUUCUACAGAGAAGCACGUAGCUGCAGUGCCAGAAAGGGCAUCAACGCUACCCAAGUGUACUAACUCUUCAGCCAGUCAACAGCCAGUGGACUCUGCUGCUGUAAAUGAUGUCACUUCCAAUUCCUCAACCACGCCAUCUACAUCGAAGGCGGACGUCACGUCUGCUUCGGGCUCGACGAACUAUCGUCUCUAUGCAGUAGUCUACCAUCAGGGUGGGACAGAGCACGGACACUACACCGCUCGGUGUCAUCUGCCCUCUCCUGAUCCGAGCACCAUACCACACUCCUGGUUCCUUUUUGAUGAUGAAAACGUCUCACACGUCCCUAAUUCCAAAGAUGUUAUUCAGUCGACGGCUUAUAUCCUCUUCUACGAAAGAAUUGACGAAAAGGUCGACGGUGCUGCCCCCUCGAAGCCGAUGCAAGACGCGGUGUCAUUAGCCUCAGAGACAGCUCCGGUGAAAGUGACCAUUAAUGAUGAUGAAGAUGCAAUCUAG